AUUCCCAGGCCACCCGUCGUCGUCCGCAACGAUCUACCCAGCGUUUCCCGAACGUUUCAAAAAUCGAGUAUCCUGCGAGGCCUGAACGUCCUCACUUUCUCUACCUUUGCUCGAGCUCCCCCUUCUUGCUCCCCUUGUCAAGUCGCCAUCUGAAUCCAUUUGAACCCUUUCGUCCCGGACUCGCGUGAUCAACCAUGUCGACCUCUGCGCGCCGUCGAUUGAUGAGAGACUUCAAGCGGAUGCAAACCGACCCUCCUGCCGGGGUCUCUGCUUCUCCAGUUGCGGAUAAUGUCAUGACAUGGAAUGCCGUCAUUAUUGGUCCCGCAGACACCCCCUUUGAGGACGGGACCUUCCGACUUGUGAUGCACUUCGAAGAGCAGUACCCCAAUAAGCCUCCCGGCGUCAAGUUUGUCAGCAAGAUGUUCCAUCCCAACGUCUACGGAACUGGCGAAUUGUGCCUCGACAUCCUCCAGAACCGUUGGAGCCCGACGUACGAUGUAGCGGCGAUAUUAACCAGCAUUCAAAGCUUGCUGAAUGACCCAAACACCUCCUCUCCCGCGAACGUGGAGGCAUCCAACCUGUACAAGGAUAACCGAAAGGAGUACGCAAAGCGUGUGCGCGAAACUGUCGAGAAGAGCUGGGAGGAUUGAGAUAGUUCAGUUUGCCAAUCUUCCUAGUAAUGCCCCGAUAUGAAACGCUGCGAUUAUGUCACUUGUCAUGUCUGUUUACGAAUGUCCACUGUCAAGCAUCUCUCCGUUGGCGAAGUCUCUUUUCCCUGCCCCUAUCUCAGUGUGUGUAUGUCUCUCUGCGUGUCUCCUUUGAGGGCUUUACCCUUUUUCCUUAUUUUAAAUACUUGUCCUAGCUUGAUGCGACGGCUUGCUCUCCGUGCAUU